GAGCCGCUCCUGCCGGGGCCGCGGGGGCUGCGGUGGGCGCUGCCGGGGCGCGGCUCGCAGGGGAGGCGAGGGGCCCGCGCCAGGCCCGAAGCCAAGGCGGGGCCGGGAUGCGGCGCUGAGGCUCAGCAUGGCCGGCCCGGGCCCCACCUUCCCGCUGCACCGGCUCGUCUGGGCGAACCGGCACCGCGAACUGGAGGCCGCGCUGCAGAGCCGCCAGCACGACAUUGAACAGGAGGACCCUCGGGGGCGGACCCCGUUGGAGCUGGCCGUGUCCCUGGGAAACCUGGAGUCCGUGAGAGUCCUCCUUCGACACAAUGCCAACGUGGCCAAAGAGAGCCGCCAGGGCUGGGCAGUCCUGCAGGAGGCAGUCAGCACUGGAGACCCAGAGAUGGUGCAGCUGGUGCUCCAGUAUCGGGACUACCAGAGAGCCACGCAGAGGCUGGCUGGCAUUCCGGAAUUGCUCAACAAACUCCGCCAGGCCCCCGAUUUCUACGUGGAGAUGAAGUGGGAGUUCACCAGCUGGGUGCCCCUUGUGUCCAAGAUGUGCCCGAGUGAUGUGUACCGUGUGUGGAAGCGGGGAGAGAGCCUGCGCGUGGACACCAGUCUCCUGGGCUUUGAGCACAUGACCUGGCAGCGUGGCCGGAGGAGCUUCAUCUUCAAGGGCCAGGAGGCCGGAGCCCUGGUGAUGGAAGUGGACCACGACCGGCAGGUGGUGCACACGGAGACGCUGGCGCUAGCUCUGCACGAGCCGGAAGCGCUGCUGGCUGCCAUGCGGCCCAGCGAGGAACACGUGGCCAGUCGCCUCACCUCUCCCAUCGUCUCCACCCACCUGGACACUCGCAAUGUGGCCUUCGAGAGGAACAAAUGUGGUAUCUGGGGAUGGCGGUCUGAGAAGAUGGAAACUGUUAGCGGCUACGAGGCCAAGGUGUACAGUGCCACCAACGUGGAGCUGGUGACACGCACGCGCACGGAGCACCUCUCUGAUCAGGACAAGUCGAGGAGCAAAGGUGGGAAGACUCCGCUGCAGUCCUUCCUGGGGAUGGCCCAGCAGCACUCCUCCCACGGCGGGGCCCCUGUGCAGCAGGCAGCCAGCCCCACCAACCCCACAGCCAUCUCCCCUGACGAAUACUUUGACCCCAACUUCAGCCUGGAGUCGAGGAACAUUGGCCGCCCCAUUGAGAUGUCCAGCAAAGUACAGAGGUUCAAGGCAACACUGUGGCUGAGUGAGCAGCACCCGCUCUCGCUGGGUGACCAGGUGAUGCCCAUUAUUGACCUGAUGGCCAUCAGCAAUGCCCAUUUUGCCAAGCUGCGCGACUUCAUCACCCUGCGCCUCCCACCCGGCUUCCCUGUCAAGAUUGAGAUUCCCCUUUUCCACGUGCUCAAUGCCCGCAUCACCUUCAGCAACCUGUGUGGCUGUGACGAGCCUCUGAGCUCCGUGCGGGUGCCAGCCCCCAGCUCUGCCGUCCUAGCUUCAGGGAGCCCUUUCCCAUGUGAGGUGGACCCCAUCGUGUUUGAGGUGCCCGAAGGGUACAGCGUGCUGGGCACAGAGCGCAGCGAGCCCCUUCGAGAUGAGGACGAUGACCUGCUGCAAUUUGCCAUCCAGCAGAGCCUGCUCGAGGCAGGCACAGAGGCAGAGCAGGUGACUGUCUGGGAAGCCCUGACCAACACCCGGCCCGGUGCCCACCCGCCUCCCCAAGCCAUGGUUUAUGAGGAGCAGCUUCAGCUGGAGCGGGCCCUCCAGGAAAGCCUGCGGCUGUCCACGGAGCCUGGGGGCCUGGGAGCCCCUCACGGGACCCCCCCGCCCCCUGCCCCCCCAAGCUUUGAGGAGCAGCUUCGCCUGGCCUUGGAGUUGUCCUCGCGGGAGCAGGAAGAGCAGGAGCGGCGGGGGCAGCAGGAGGAGGAAGACUUACAGCGGAUCCUGCAGCUGUCACUCACAGAACACUGAGCCGCCUGGCCCCCAGGAGGGCUGUCCAGGGCCGCUCCCUCCACCCGCUUUUGUAAUUUAUUUAUUUAUAAACUGACUGCUGCCGAGCUGGGGCCUGGAGCCCCGUGUGUGCGCUUGCAGUGGAGACAAGAUGGAAAUAAAGACACGGUCAGCAGCA